AUGUCCACAGGCAUAUCCUCACAGCAGAGCCAAAUCACACCUGUAACGCCUAUGACGCCGCAGACAACAAUCACAGCACCUCCUCUGGCUAUGGGACAUUCGCCUUCCUCGCCUUCAUCCUCCUUCUUCGAAGCUGAUCGAAUGCAGACAAACUCUCCAUCAGAAUCCACAGAAAGAGGAACACCGCCGCUGACUGUCCCUUCUCGACCUACGCCUGUGGGCCAAUUGACAGCCAAGCCAAACCAGACUUUACUCAAGAGUGUCAACAACAACAACAACAACCCGCCGCAGGCAACUACAGCUUCACUGCAGCACACUCCAGCACAAAAUCCUACUCAGAAGGAAGCGAUGUCUUUCUUGAAGCCCGCCAUAACGAAGGUUAAGCCAUAUACGGGUCAAUCAAUCCUUGGCUGGAGGAAGUGGGCUAAACGUUACAAGAAUCCCGCUUACAGCAAGUAUCCGGCCUCAAACGAAGCGAUCAACACCAACAUUUCCAAGGUAACCUGGGAUUUGGAUAGUAAGAAGCCAAAAGCAAUCAGCGAGCAGAACGUAUACAGCGAUUUCAUGAAGGACUGGAAGGAAACCCAGUACAGGCAACGGCCCCCUUCGGCGCCAAUGAUGGAGUCGAUCCGACUCAUUAACAAUGUCAGUCUGCCGCAGGACAUCAUCACCAAACUCGAGAUGUCUGGCUGGGAUGCGACCAAAUGCUGCGAUCCGACAUUGCCACACACCGAGAAGAAGCUUACCAGAGUGUCACGCAACCUGAAGCGUUCCUCCGAGGACCCUGAAUCCGAGUCAGAAGACAACUCGGAGGAGGUUCUAGCCCAAGCCAAGCAGCAACAGAGGGAAUCUUCAUUUGACAACGCCAUCUCCUUGAUCGAUGAUCCUGAAGAUGAGGAUAUUCAGCCAUCCGGCCAAUUCUCCCGACAGGCUUCAUCUGCUGCGGAAGCCACAACCACCAGUCCCAAGAAGGCUUUGACGUCGCUAGCCACUUUCCAGCUCCCAAAACCGCCACGGGUCAUUGCCAGUCAGAAAGAGGAGUCAGAGACUGCAGUGUCUGCCAGUCGUCAUCCCCAAGACAUUCCCGGUACCGGACCUGAGCAGGCCUCGAGGAUCGAUGGCGUCGGCAAACCUGCCGAACAGCUGACGAAGAAAACGAAGUCGACCAAUUCGGUCCAUCAAGAUGCCGACUCCUUGUCCAACAGGCCCCCGAGUCCUUACUCCUCCUCCUCCUCCUCUAAGGGCGCUAAGCGAAUUUCUACAAAGGACCUUAGACGAGCUCUGCACAAAGUCAAGAAGCUAGAUGCUCUCUCGGGCAAUCAUGCUACUCAACUUGAAGAUCAAGGCGGUCAGCUCCUCGCCCAAACACAGAGACUAGAUAACAUUGACCGUGCUAUCGGAGAGCAGGUUGGCAAUUCCUAUAAAUUUGCCGUGGAACUGGAGGCACACACAACUUUCCUCAAGAAACAAGAUCUAGCACUGGCACAGCUCCGCAACGACAACCAGGCCUUACGGGCAUGUCUCCAGGAUGUGCUAUUUCCUCUCGCCCAGGCCGUCAAUGCCAUGCACAAGUCAACCAAGAGGGACAAGAAAACGCUGGUGGCAAACGCCAAAAGGGCCAGAAAAGACUUGGAGGAAUUUGAGGCUGCGGGCAGGAACGCCGUGGCUGUGAAGCGAGGUACCCGGAAUCUUGGCCAAGUUCUGAGGGCUCACCAGGGCGAUAGGAUGGACAUGGAUUGA